ACAAAAGGCAUCCCGGUGGCUUCUGCCCUCCUUCGCCCGCUGUUGUGUGACUGUGAGGGGCCGUUCACAGUAGACCAGUUUGGGCAGCGGGUUUUUACACACAAACAGGGCAGGUCGUCAUGGGCAACUCAACAGGCAGCACGGUGGAUGACCUGCAGGCGGUGGAGAUGCACCUGUGGUACAAGAAGUUUAUGACAGAGUGCCCGUCGGGUCAGCUCACCCUGCACGAGUUCAAGCAGUUCUUCGGCCUGCGUGGCCUCGACACGGAGGCAAACGCCUACAUCGAGCAGAUGUUCCGCACCUUCGACAUGAACAAGGACGGCUACAUCGACUUCAUGGAGUACGUGGCGGCCCUCAGCCUGGUGAUGCGCGGUAAGAUGGAACAUAAGCUACGCUGGUACUUCAAGCUCUACGACGUGGAUGGCAACGGCUGCAUCGACCGACACGAGCUGCUAAACAUCAUCAAGGCCAUUCGUGCCAUUAAUGGCAACGAGAACCAGGAAGUAACCGCUGAGGACUUCACCAACAGCGUCUUCAACAGGAUCGACAUCAACGGCGACGGCGAGCUGUCGCUGGACGAGUUUGUGGCGGGCGCUCGCACCGACGACGACUUCAUGGAGGUGAUGAUGAAGAGUCUGGACCUGACGCACAUCGUGGCCAUGAUCCACAGCAGGCGGCACAGCGUUUAGCGAAGCACUUUCAUGUGCUAUAUGACAGUAUAUGUCCAUAUUACGUAAAUAUGCUUUAAAUGGACGACAGCUAUUAUCACACUAACAACAAAAAUAAGUGUAUUCAUUAUAAUUUUACCAUACGCAUGCCAGUUGCAUUCAAACCGGAUCCAGUCAGAAGCGAGGGAUUCAGUGGAUACCAUCUCCUGGCAUUUCUUUAAAAAAAAAAAAAAAAGAAAAACGUUUUUUUUUAAUUUUUAUUUUUACUGUUUUUAUUUUGUAUAAUAUCAAAGGAGCCUAGUAUUCAAAGUAGAAACGGAUAAACUAUAUGAGCUGUGUUUGACAAGUGCCUUUUGGUUUGCUUGUUUGUACAACAAAGUUGUCACGUGAUCAGCCACGAGUGCUUCAAUGUUAUAUUUCAUUUUAUCGCAAUUACAAGGUAGGAAAGUGGUUGCAUACCCUCGUUACAUAAAAAUUUUAUUAAAUUGU